AUGCGUGUUUCCGUCCUCGCUGGCCUCGUGGCCGCGGGCACUGCCCACGCCUUCUCCGACUCCUCCCCUUUCCUCCUCUUCUCUACAGCCGAACUCCCCGUCGAGCCGUCCAUCAGCCAGCUCCAGACCAGCGCGCGCGUCCUCGGCUCGGCCAAGUCGCUCCUCGCCGACUGCCCUACGAAGAACUACCUGCUCGUCUCGCAGCCCAACGCCCAUGCCAGCGACCUGUACUCGCCCACAGACUGCGAGGCCCACCGGCUGCGACGCACGCUUGCUCGCAGCGACAUCCGUGGCCGCUUCACCGUGUCCGAGGUCGUCGCCCCGGCCGACCGAUCGAACAACCUGACGACGGACGCGUUCCGUUCGCAUAUCCACGAUGCGUGCCCCGAGGCCCGCAUCAUCGAGGUGGAUCUCCCCGCCCUGCCGCUGGCGCCGACAUGCCAGGAGCGCGCCGAGGCCAUGGGCGACAAUGAUUAUGUUUUGGGCAACGCCCUGGACGAGCACCUCCCAAAGGGCGACCUGACGGUCGUUUACUUCUCGAACGGUGCCGCGGCACCCGAUGCGAAUGUUCACGACGGCAUCGAUUAUGUGGCUACGUUUGAGGAUCCGGCCCAGGUGCCGGUUGACCGCCGCCAUCGCAACGUGGCCCGCCAGGAGUCGGCGCCGUCCAAGGAGCGCGACACCCGCGGCCUGUUUGAAAAGUACCAGUUCUUCACGCCGGGCAUCUUUAUGAGCCUGAUCGUCUUCUUCAUUCUGCUGUCGAUCCUGUACGUGGGCCUGUCGGCAGUGGCCAGCCUCAAGGUGCCGUACGGCGCUUUUGACAAGGAGAUGGGCCCAUCUGCGCAGAAGAAGCAACAGUAG